AUGCAUCAUCGCCAGCGCAUCACCCUCCUGUCGGCCGAAGACGCAGACGCCAUCGUCCUCCGCGAACGCUCGAGCGUGCUCUUGCUCGGCUCCACUGGUCGAGGGCCUUCGAAACGCCACGACACGCGCGUGCAGUCGUACAGUCUCCGGCCCAGCACGACCGUCUACGGCCACGAGGGCGACGACUACGCGGACGGGUCCGUCAGCACCUCUUCAGUGACGGAGCGCAGCGGGGCAGGGAGCGCCGCCCCGAACCGCACGCGGUUAAGCGUCUCCCCGGACUUGUGCAGUGCUUUCGAAGACCUCUUUGAAACGGAUUGGGAAGGGUACAUUUGGAAACAGGGACACGUCGUGCGCUCGUGGCGCUACCGCUACGCCGUGCUCUCGGGCACGACGUUCAGCUACUACGUGAGCAAAGACGUGGCCAAAGUGGACACGGAGAAGUUUCGCGGUCGCGUGACCGUUACAGGCGCCACGCGCGACCCGAACCGCUCGAAUGGCGUGCUCAUUACCACGACCAUCAACAAGGUCUUUGCCAUGUACACGCGCUCGAGCAUUGAGUGUGAGAUUUGGGUGAAAAUGCUGCUCCAAGCCGUGCAGAAUACGCAUGGUUCGAAGCCGGGACAGAGCUUUAGUGGCAUGUCGAACGGACGGGAUUCCGAUAUCCCCAGUGGCCGCACGAGUCAGUGGAACCCGUCGGUGAGUGCGACACUCCCGAGCUCGACAACGGGCAGUCUCUCGUCGCAAACGGUGCGGUCGUCAGGAGACUGGAAAGCUCGCAACUUGGCGACGGUGAAACAGUACUAUGCCAUGUGGACAACGCAAUUGUUGGAUCAAACAGGCGUGGACGACUCGGCAGCGAACCUCAUUUCACUCUUCCCCAUCUGUUCGCCCGAGAUGAUUGUGGCGGUCACUUACCCGUGUGAGUUCUUGCCGUCGACCAAGUUUUUUGGUCGCGAAGGACUUGUCGAUGUUGUGCUAGGGUUCUCCCGCUUUGUGCUGUUCAAGCGAUUCUCUGUCUCCCGGUACAUGACGACGAAGCAGCCGAACGUGUUGCAUGUGCUGGCUGCUGGCACGAUCUGGAACAAGUCGCUCCAGCGCGAGUUUACGUUCACUACUCGCGACGAGAUCCAAUUGAGCCCGGGUGGCCGCGUACUGGGUCUCCAGAUGCAAAUUGAAGUGGACAUUGCUGCUUUCCAGAUGUCUGACGCUGAACGGAAGGCUGCCAAAGCUGAGCGCGCGUUUCAGGCGUCGACAUCGAAGCGUGUCUUGUCUUUAUCGAUCCAGCAUUUCCACGUGAAUCGUGUGCUGGGGAAGGGCACAUUUGGAACAGUGGUGCUGGCGGAACGCAAAAACACGGGCGAGGUCUUUGCUGUGAAGAUUCUGGAAAAGAGCUCGAUGUCGAACUACGAUAAGCUGCGUACAAAGACAGAGAUGCGUAUUUUGCGCGAUGUGCAUCAUCCAUUCAUCGCGCCGCUGCGCUUUUCAUUUCAGAGCCAAUCGCGUGUAUUUCUGGGCAUGGACUACUACCCUGGGGGCAGUCUGUACACGCACAUGAACCGCUUUUCCAGUAACAAAGAGCACCGCGUGAAGAUUCCGCUGGACUUGGACCGUGUCAAGUUCUACACCGCGCAGAUUGUGCUGUCGCUGUCACACUUGCAUGCUUGUGACAUUGUGUACCGUGACCUCAAACCGGACAACAUUAUGCUUGACGUUGAUGGCAACGUCGCGCUGGUUGACUUUGGCCUUUCGAAGACGAAUGUCAACCAAAUGUCGGGUGCACGUACAAUGGCGGGUUCCCCGGCUUACACUGCCCCAGAGUUGUUGAAGCCAAAGCGCUCGCGUGACUAUGGCAAGGCCGUCGAUUGGUGGUGUUUGGGCAUCUUGUUGUAUGAGAUGUUGCUUGCAAAACGACCGUUCCAUCACCUGAACGUGUCGGUGCUGUACAAGCUCAUUGAGAAGGAGUCUGUGAAAUUCCCGUCCAAGUGCAGUCUUAGUCCAGAUGCCCGUAGCCUCAUUCUUGGUUUGCUGGAGAAGGACCCGCACAAGCGUCUUGGUGCCUCUCAGACGAGUGAUAUUCUCACGCACCCGUUUUUCAAGGACAUUCGAUGGGACAUAGUCUUACGCAAAAAGAUCACGCCUCCUUGGGUCCCGGCGCCCUUGUCGAUGGACGAGGAGCGCAUGAAAAGCCCGGACAUUAACUUCGACAAGUAUUUAGCCUCGAAGACGGCAUCGACGGGUAACAUCUUCAGCAUCCUGUUUCCGUGGAAGACUCCUCGUAAUCGCAACCGCCGAGCGAGAUCGGAAAUGGAUCAUGACUCGUUCGGCAAGUUCAGCUAUGUGAGUGACACGACAAACUCAUUUCUCGUGGAUGAAGACGAGAUGCUUGAUGCUGCCUUUACGGGUCGCCGCAGUGUCCAACUGCAUAGUUUGGCAGGUGAAGCUUGA